AGAAAUGACAUUUGAGUUUUGAUUUUGACAGCAAUUUAAAAAGUAAAGGAAAUUUGGAAAAAUAUUAGUUGUUUUGAAACGUUUCGUAUUUUAAUAAAAAAUUAAAUAGGAAUGUUUCAGUGAGCGAUGGGCACUGAAGCAAUUUAUUUUAAUUGUUUAUUAAUAGCUUCAUUGGUGAGCUGCCUGAUUUGUCAAGAAAAUCUUGUAACUGAAAAUGUCAACCUUUCCCAGGAAACGAAUAUCGUCGAAAAUCUUAGUGAAACUUCUCCCAACAGUACUAUAAACGAAGAUGAGCUACCAGCAGAAAGCGCAAAUAAAACACAAAAGUUUGUAAACUGUCUCACAGGAAUGGGUGACUCCGCCGUCCAACUCACAAAUGACACAGAACUCUUCAAACUUUUACAGUCAAAUGUUAAUAUUACUGACCGGGAAAUUCCAUCAUUGUGUGUCGUUGUUCUGUUCUACAAAAAAUACUGCCCAUUUUCUGCUUUGGCAGCUCCACACUUCAAUGCUCUUCCCAGAGCCUUUCCCGAUAUCAAAAUGGUAGCUAUAAAUGCCAAGAUAUUCCACAUGUUGAAUACUCAAAAUGGUAUUGUUGGAGUUCCCACUCUGAUGUUAUUUCAUAAUGGUCGAUCUGUUGCAAAGUAUAAUGGUUCGGAAUAUACAUUAGAACUUUUCUCUCAGUUCAUCAAUAGACACACUGGUAUAGCUGCUGCUGAAAAAUCUACUGUAACCUCUGCAGAUUUUGCUGGUCCUGUCAAAACUAGUCCUGUGAAAGAUUAUGAUAUUUUCCUGAUAAUAUCAUGGUUGUUUGUGAUAAUGUGUGGAGGAUACUAUUUUACUAAGUCAAGGUGGUGGGAGUGGAUCAUUGAAAGUAUCCAAAGCAAUUGGAGGGAGUCGGAAGCACAUGCACAGCAUGAACAUAUAGAAUAGUUAAUUUAUUGAUGUGAAGGUAUAUUAAUUUUAUUUAUGAUAGAUUUUUUCCAUCUAGUAGUUUGAAAAGUAGCUUCAACGUUUAGAUGAGAACAAUAAAUGUUUUUUUCUGUGUUAUGAAGGAGCAGAUCAGAGUGGCAGACCCGGGAAAGAUAUUUUAUUUUUGGUAACGAAUAACUUGAUGAAAACAGAUCAGAACAAAUUCUAUGUAUUGUAUUCGUCAAAAAAAAUGUAAACGGGCCAAUUUAACCUAAGUACUUACGUAAUAUAAAUUAUAGAACAACUUUUCUCCUAUUUUCAACUGAAAAUCUUGUUUAUAUUUAUGAAAGGAACUGUAGAAUAAAUAGUUUAGGUUAUUAUUUGA